AUGGUCGCUGUCAUGAACCUCAGCCUCGCAGGACUUCUCUGGCUCGGCCUUGCUAGUCGGGGACUUGCUCUAGGAAUCGACGAAGCUACUGACGAUCUCACGCUUGUAGAGAGAUCUGAUGCUGAGGAGGUCUUCACACGUGACUUCGAUGAUGAGUUAUAUGAGCGCGAGUUUGAUGAGGAUCUGGACGAGCGUGAUAUCGAUGAUUUUGAGCUUCCUCUCCAAGUCCGUGGAGGCGCUUCGAUCAACUAUAAGGAGAGAGUUAUAACCGGCCCGAAAAACACGGUCAACAAGCAACCUAAGCAAUUCUCGGCGGCGGAGAUGAAGGCCCACGAAGAAAGGACCAAGAACCAUAUUUCUGGCCCUGCCCCAUACCGACGAGGUCUCAACGCCCGUGGAGGUGCUUCAAUCUCCUUUAAGGAGAAGGUUAUAACAGGUCCGAAGAACACGGUCAAUAAGCAACCCAAGCAGUUCUCGGCGGCGGAGAUGAAGGCUCACGAAGAGAGGACCAAGAACCAUAUUUCUGGACCUGCUCCAUACCGACGAGGUCUCAAGGCUCGCGGCGGUGCCUCGAUCAACUACAAGGAACGGGUCAUUACUGGUCCUAAGAAUACUGUGAACAAGCAGCCCAAGCAGUUCUCAGCAGCGGAGAUGAAGGCUCACGAAGAGAGGACCAAGAAUCAUAUUUCCGGACCUGCCCCAUACCGACGAGGUCUCAAGGCUCGCGGCGGUGCCUCAAUCAACUACAAGGAACGGGUUAUCACUGGUCCUAAGAAUACUGUGAACAAGCAACCUAAGCAGUUCUCGGCAGCGGAGAUGAAGGCCCAUGAAGAAAGGACCAAGAAUCAUAUUUCUGGACCUGCUCCAUACAGGUAA